AUGGCACGACGAGGAAGCAGUAGCAAUGAUCCUGUGGAAUAUGAGCUUAAUAUUACACAGGAGCAAAUCAACCCUGAUUGCUCCGACUAUAAUGGUAACGCAGUACUUGUCAAUCAGCAAUUACCUGGUCCAGCAAUUACUGUUACGCAGGGCGAUUAUGUGCGUAUCACGGUGCGUAAUUUCUUGCCAGCAUUAUCGCAUCCAGCAUCCAACGUGAGCGGUGCGGGAUUAAACGACGUGACAAUUCAUUUUCAUGGCAUCCGUCAAUAUGGAUCAGUGGAUGCAGAUGGCGUACCCUUUCUUACACAACAUCCAAUUCCACCAGGUGCUGAAUACGUGCAUCAAUUUCGAGUCAUCAACCAAGCCGGUACUUACUUUUAUCACGCACAUGUCGGCUUACAAGAACAAACCGUUUUUGGUCCCUUCAUUAUCCACGAAGCAAAUGGACCUUCGGAAAAAUAUGAUGAUGAGCGUAUUAUUAGCUUAAGUGAAUGGUGGCACGUGAGCCGUGCGUCCUUGGAAGAAUACUUUUUGGGUCCUCAAUUCCAAUUGAUUCCCGAGGCACAAAGUGUUUUAGUGAAUGGGCGUACAGUGCACAACAUUGGCAAUCCAUCAUCAUCAUCUUGUGAAGGGUACUCAAUCAUCGAUGUUGAACGUGGACGUACGUAUCGUCUUCGUGUUAUUGGCGCGUCAACUUUCCGUACCCUUGGAUUUGGCAUUGCACAUCAUAACCUUACUAUCAUCGAAGUGGAUGGCGAACCUAUCAAACCUUAUUCAGUACCAUUUCUAGAGGUGGCACCUGGACAACGAUUUUCGGUGUUGUUGCAUACAACACAACCAUUAAAUGAUUACACUAUUGGCACCAAUCGUCGUUGGGCUGAGGAUGUAAGUCGAGGUUCCAAUGGCAUGGCUAUUCUUCGAUAUCACAAGCGUGAAUCGCGACGACGUAGUAGUAGCAACAACAGUAAGCGUCAGGUGCAAACGCAAGAAAAAGGGGCUGUUGUCACGCGAUUACCACGCAAUCAGCCUCAUUUCCCUGUGGCUGAAACACCUCAAUGGAUGUGGUCAAAUCUUGAACCUCUCCAUGGGGUUGAUCCGGUGGUGUAUAGGCCUGCUUCACGCACUGUGAAACUACGUGCUACUGAUCAAAAGAUGCCUGAUGGUUCUACACGUUGGUUCAUUAACGAUGUCUCCUUUGUUGAGCCAAGCACGCCAAUCCUUAUGGAUCUUGCAAAACACACUCGUCGUCCACCUUCUAUUUUUACUCCUACUGCUGCAAAAACGUCCAAUGGUUAUGAUCCAUAUCUUGGCACCUAUCCACUUCAAUACUUUGAGAUUGUUGAUUUUGUGUUACAAUCCACACAUAUUCCUGGGGAGCCAUGUCGCAGCCAUCCAUGGCACACACACGGCCAUUCACAUUGGGAAAUCGCUUACGGUACUGGUGAAUAUGAUGAAGCACGAGAUGGUAGUAUACGUAAUGUCCCAAAUCCAUUGCAAAAGGACGUGACCCUUGUGUAUCCUCGACCUGAUCCAGCUGAAGAUAUCCAUGGCAACGGUACCUUGGCAACAGAUCAGGUUGGCUGUGGUUGGAGCAAGAUCCGUAUACUGGCAGAUAAUCCUGGUAUAUGGGCAAUGCAUUGUCAUAAUGCACCACACAUGCUCAUGGGGAUGAUGCUCAUUUUGGAAGAAGCCCCAGAACUCAUAUCCAUUCCUUCAUCCAUGCGUCCACAAUGA